CCGGAAGGACUUGGCUCUGCUAGCCGUGGAGCUGGACUAGCAGAGAGAGAUAAAUCAACCGGCUUACCGACAUAUAGACUGAUUUCAGAUGGCCGGGACAGCUUCGGUAGCAGGGGAAGUGUUCGUCGAUGCCUUGCCGUACUUUGACCAAGGUUACGAUGCGGCGGGCGUCAGAGAGGCGGCUGCAGCGCUUGUUGAAGAGGAGACCAGAAGGUACCGACCUACGAAGAACUACCUGAGCUACCUGCCCACUCCUGACUUCUCUGCUUUUGAGACGGAAAUUAUGAGGAAUGAAUUUGAGAGGUUGGCAGCUCGGCAGCCCAUGGAUCUCCUGAGCAUGAAGAGAUACGAGCUGCCGGCGCCCUCGUCAGGACAGAAGAACGACAUCACCGCCUGGCAGGAGUGUGUGAACAACUCCAUGGCCCAGCUGGAGCACCAGGCGGUCCGCAUCGAGAACUUAGAGCUCAUGUCGCAAUAUGGAACCAACGCAUGGAAGGUCUACAACGAUAACUUGGCGUUCAUGAUCGAGAUGGCUCAGAAGGAGCUUCACAAAUUCAGAAAGCAAAUUCAAGAUUUGAACUGGCAGCGUAAGAACGACCAGCUGGCAGCGGGAGCCAAACUGCGAGAGCUGGAGUCCAACUGGGUGUCUCUGGUGAGUAAGAACUACGAGAUAGAGCGGGCCAUCGUCCAGCUGGAAAACGAAGUCACUCAGCUCAGACAGCAGCAGGGGGACGAGAACAAGGAGAACAUCCGACAGGACUUCUAGAGCGGCAGAGCACUGAUGAUCCCCCCGUCGGACAGUUUUCAUCUGGUUUCAAGAGGCUGACUGUAUGAAGACGCAGUCCAAGACGGGGACGUUACCUGUCAGGAAAAGAUUUGAUUAUAGCAUUCGAUGCGGACGGAGUUGCCCAUAAACCCGAGUGAACAACACGCAUUUACCAGACUUUAUACCUGCUGUAGAGAAGUGGAGUACAGUACAUCUCAGUGGACCUUUUUACAGACGUUUAAAGCAAGACUGUGAAGAGUUUGCACCAGGAUAGAACACAAUCAUUACACCUCAAUCAAGUCAAAUCAGGUGUGAUGACUGGUAGCUUGUUUGGUAAAGUAACGCUAACUCCUGUGUGCGCUUUUUAAGGUUCCUUCCUGCUCCUGCCACUAGUGUUAGCGUUUAACAUUAUUCCAGAUAUGCCUACGUCAGCAAAGGUUUCACAGUCUUGCUUUAAGAUGUAAUGAAUACAGCUUCCACCAGAGGACUGUAAGAAUAAGUGUACAUACUGUCAUUUGUCCAGUCUGUUGAGGACAGAGAUAUUUGUGAGCCCUACCUUGAUUUGUCAUUUGUUAUACUUUUAAUAAAAUGAACUUUUCUUAUAUUUCA